AUAUUUAUUUAUCAAUAUAUAACAUAUUGUUAAUUAGUAUAUUAAUUAUUAUUUUAUUUUACAAUCUCUAAAAUAAUUGAGUCCUACUUUUUUGAAUUUUUUAAAUUAUAAAAAAUCGAAUUUUAUUUUUGGAGUAAAAUUAAAACAAAUCCUUAUCCUCAAGGUAUGAGGUGUCAAAAAUGUUUAGAAAUGGGCCACUGGAGUUAUGAAUGCAAAGGAAAACGAAAAUAUCUCCAUCGGUCUUCAAGGACAACGCAAUUAAAAAAAGCUUUGAAACAGAAAGAAGAAAAUAAAUCAGAAACAAAAAAUUCAAAAUCAAAAGAUGAAAAUGCGGUGGAAAAAAUACCAGUGACGAAGAAGAAAAAAAGUAAGAAAGAGUCAAGCAGCUCAAGUAGUUCAGAUUCUUCAAGCAGUGACAGCGAUAGCAGUUCAUCAGAUUCCUCGUCGGACAGCGACUCCAGCAGCAGCAGUUCCAGCAGUAGCUCUAGCAGCAGUAGUAAUAGUUCCAGUAGCAGUAGCAGCAGCAGCAGCAGUAGCUCUAGUAGCAAUGACUCGAGUAGCAAAAAGAAGCGACGAAAAAAGAAAUAAAAUUAAUUUUAUUUAUUUUAAAUAAUUAACAAGUUAUUUUUUUAAUUGACAAUGAGUAUUUUUACUAUCACUCUAUCAAGCUGUAAAUAUAUUAAAAAUAAUUUUUUUAUUCGACGAUCUUUUUGAUUAUUUUUUUAUACAGUUUAUAAAUGUUUUAAGUAAUAA